AUGAUACGUCUUGAUAGUCAAUAUGAAGCUUGCAAAGUGGAGCCAUUCCUACUCCGACAGCAAGUUCAACAGCUCAUUCCCGACCCAUGGUCAUUUGUAGAUGCCUGGCAAGUGCUCUCAGGAAUCGCAAUACUAGCACUCACUCCGGCUAAAGCGAGCAGUAUUCUCGAGCAUAAAGAUACCAUCGCCGCACAAUUCGAUAGCACCACAGUAAAAAGAUGGGGAAUUUGGAUUAUUUUUGUUGUUGGGCUUGUCCCAAAAAAAGUUAACACCCUGGAUGGAGCUGUUAAAUCAGCCAAUGGCCUCGUCCAGUUAGAACUUGCCAUAUCGGCCAUAAAGGAUGCAAUGCCCAUCCGUCAACUAGCUUGGACCAAACGUCCAGUUGAAUCUGCUAGACUAGCCUGGUAUAUACGAAUACACGUCCUAGAAGCCAAGGUGCACAAGUUCCAAUCACGAAUGCAGCUAUUCGGACAAGCCACGGGCGCACAAUACGUUCAGCACCGAAGCUAA